AUGGCGGCGGCGGGAUUUUUCUCUAAUACCAAAUACUCCGACAGCUUAACACUCGUCGGAAUUUCAAUCUGCACAGCUAUAGUAUGUGAAGCAAUUUCAUAUCUCCUUAUAUACCGCACUACUUCAUACAAAUCCCUCAAAUCUACAAUCGAUAAAGCUUCAAAAAAGCUCGAAACUAUGAAGACUCAGGAACCGGUUCCAUCUGUACUCACGAAGAAGUCGAAGACAAAGAAGAUUGAUCGGGUCGAAACUUCCUUGAAGGAGUCAACCCGGGAUCUCUCCCUUUUCAAAUUCAAAUCCGGAUUCGUCGUCGCCGUAGUGUUGUUUAUGGUUUUCGGGUUUCUUAACAGUCUUUUUGAAGGGAAAGUUGUUGCUAAAUUGCCGUUUAUACCCUUUCGUCUUGUUCAGAAGAUGAGUCACAGAGGGUUACCGGGUGAUGACAUGACGGAUUGUUCAAUGGCGUUUUUGUACUUCCUUUGUUCGAUUAGUAUCAGGACGAAUCUUCAGAAGUUCUUAGGGUUUUCGCCUCCUCGUGGAUCUGCUGGAGCUGGGUUAUUCCCAAUGCCUGAUCCAAAGACCAAUUGA